AUGGGGUACUACCUAACAGAUGGGAUAUACCCUACAUACGGUGCCUUCGUCAAGAGUCUUAACGAUCCUAGGACACCGAAAGAAAAGAAUUUCGCGAAGGCACAGGAGGGAUCUCUGGACCAUCCAGGAUGUGGGAUAGAGACACACUUCAUGACAGCGUGCAUUAUAUUGCACAAUAUGAUUGUUGAGGAGAAGAGAAAGAGCAUGGAAAUGGGUCAUGCAGAUGAUGGUCAAAGGAUAGCAGACGAAAGACAGUGUAUUGAUAUCGAUCCUGUCUCAACUUUGGCACCUGUGGCUUCUGGUUUUGGAGAGUGCCCAUUUCCUGAGGGGAGCUUUGCUAGGUACCUUCAGAGACAUCUAGAAAUCCGAAACCGAGACCAGCACUUUUAA